AUGGGCAUCCCCAGUGCGUGCUGUCUUCUUCUCUCCUUCCUCUCCUUGGUCCUCCUCCUCCUCCUCCCGACCCCUUCCACUGCUAACGACAACAACAUCUUGCUCACCGGCGACGUCCUGCGACCUGACUGCCAGCUCUCCUUCCUGGACGCGUCCCUCACCAUGCGGAGCGACUGCGACCUCGUGUUGUAUGCACAAUCGGACCCCGUCUUCAGCUCCUCCACGUACGACGAGGGUGCCUUUAACUGCAGCGCCGUCCUCAACCAAUACGGCCAAAUCGUCAUCUCCAACCCCCUCACCGGCCGCGUCCUUUGGGUCUCUGGGGAUCCCGGCCCCCAAGGCAAGUACGCCGCCGUCCUCAAGCCCGACGGAAACUUGGGCAUCUACGGCCCGCCCAUCUGGUCCACGCUUCCAGUCGUCACCGAGGGCCAAGAUAACCCCGUGGGAGAGGUGAAUUCAGUGAAGGCGCCGCUGAAGAACACCUUGUUCUCCACCGAGAUCCUCGAAGAGAAAGGCGAGCUGACAACCAGGGAUUACACUCUCGCCAUGGAUGAUUCUUGCAGUCUGAACCUGCAGAGAGGAAGUGAGCAAUACCUCUGGGUUUCUGGAACGGCAGGCCUCGGUGCUCACUGCUUCCUUAGGCUCAACCGCUUGGGGCAGCUCACCAUCAAGGACGACAGGUAUAAGACCCUGUGGUCGACGGCGCCGUCGUCACAGGGUGAGGGCGAGUACGUGCUUAUCCUCCAAUACAACGGACAAGCUGCCGUCUACGGGCCUAUGUUCUGGGCUGCUGACGCCGAGGACGCCGAUGUCACUCGAAUCUCUUCUUCGCCAAAGUCUCAGCCGAUGCCUUCACAGCCGAUGUCUCCACAGCCAAUGCCUUCACAGCCGAUGUCUCCACAGCCAAUGCCUUCACAGCCGAUGUCUCCGCAGCCGAUGCCUUCCAUGACCAUGAAUUUUUAG